AUGGCUUCGAACCCUGCCAUGCCCUCCCAAGUCGACGUGCUCAUCAUCGGUGCUGGCCCAACUGGACUAGGUGCCGCGCGCAGAUUGCAUCAAUUGAAAAACGAGUCUUACUUGGUCGUUGACGAGCAGUCUCAGGCGGGUGGGUUAGCAUCGACCGACGUGACUGAUGAAGGAUUUUUAUUCGAUGUAGGAGGGCAUGUAAUUUUCUCACAUUAUCAGUAUUUCGAUGACAUGAUUCAUGAGGCGUUACCACAAGAUUCCGACUGGUUAACUCACCAACGCAUCUCGUAUGUUCGAAGCAAAAACUCCUGGGUCGCUUAUCCUUACCAAAAUAACAUCAGUCAAUUGCCGAUCGAAUAUCAAGUCAGUUGUAUUGACGGUCUCAUAGAUGCGGCAGAAGAGCGAACGAGAGCAGUCGGAAAACCUAAAAACUUCGACGAAUGGAUCGUGCGCAUGAUGGGGGUCGGAUUGGCGGAUUUGUUCAUGCGACCUUAUAACUUCAAGGUCUGGGGAGUCCCCACGACAAUGAUGCAAUGCGAAUGGUUAGGAGAACGAGUGGCCGCGCCGUCGUUGAAGCUAGUCGUGAAGAACACGCUGUACAAGAAGGAAGCAGGGAACUGGGGCCCGAAUGCGACGUUCAAGUUCCCGGCGCAUGGGGGCACCGGCGCGAUCUGGAAAGCGGUCAGCCGAUGCAUCCCGCAAGACCGCUUCCGAUUCGGCCGCCGACUCGUCUCCGUCGACGGCCAGAAACGCGUCGCAUCCUUCGACGACGGCUCCCAAGUCUCGUACAAGAACAUGAUCAGCUCGGUCCCCUUGGACCUCUUCUGCGGCUUGAUCGACCAGGAGAAACAGGCUCCUGCACCCUCGCUGAAAACCGUCGCCGACGGCCUCGUGUUCUCUACCACCCAUGUCGUCGGAUUCGGAAUCCGUGGCCUCCCAACGGGAGCCAUGAAAGGUAGUUGCUGGCUGUACUUCCCCGAAGAUGACUGCCCGUUCUAUCGUGUCACUGUCUUCUCCAACUAUUCGCCUAACAACUGUCCUCAGAAAGACGCCAAGCUCAAGACCAUACAAACCGCGGAUCCUUCGAUGGGUGGCCAAGCAGAUUUGCAAACCGCGAAGGAAGGGCCAUAUUGGUCAUUGAUGUUAGAGAUCUGUCAAUCGAAGAUGCGACCCGUCGACGAGCCAAACAUCAUCAAAGACUCGCUAAAAGGCUUGAUCAACACGCAAAUGAUCGAGCCGAAUGCCGAGAUCGUCUCGAUCUACCAUCGCAAAUUUCACCACGGCUACCCUACGCCCAGUCUUGAGCGAGAAUCCCAAUUGAAAACCGUGCUGCCUGCGCUUAAAGAAAAGUAUUCGAUUUGGUCACGUGGAAGGUUUGGAUCUUACCGAUAUGAGGUUGCUAAUCAGGACCAUUCUUGUAUGAUUGGAGUCGAAGCUGUUGAUAAUAUCCUAUUCGGGGCGCCUGAAAUGACUUUGAACGAGCCUGACUGGGUUAACGGCCGCAAGAAUACUGAACGUCGCUUGGACUAA